UCCCAAAACCAAUUCGUCACCUUUAACCGAAACCCUGUUCACGAUCAUAAAUUCUUAACAGCAGUUAAGGUACAUCCUGACAUCCACAAAAGCAGCCGAAGUUAAGUGCAAAGUAUCAAAUCAACAGUUGAACACCACUCACUAUUAUAAAUUAUAAUGACGACAAAAGAGUUAAAGACCAUUUCCCUACACAACCCACAUGCUCUGUAGAAAUGUCACUACAAUACACAAAUUCCCCCUUUCCCCAAAAUUGCAUUGAAAAUUUGAGCCACCCUGGCCUUCAAAACCUUCACUUUCCACCCACCAACCAUAUAUAUACUUCUAUAUAACAAACAUUAACAGACUCAUAUAAAACACAUUGUUAUUGCUAUUUGUUCUGCUCAAAAUUGUAGAUUUGUAGAUUUGUAGUUGGUAAACUGAAGAAAUCAUGGCAACUGUGUCAAGCUGUUUGCUGAGGAGAUCAAGAACAGCCUCACGGAUCUUUAAAACAUCACUCAGAUGUUUCUCCACCACUUCUUCUUCUGCACAAACUGUUUCUGGUUCAUCUCCCUUUCCUUUUACUGGGACUAAUAUUAAAACCAAUGUUUCCCAACUUAUUGGGAGAACUCCCCUAGUUUAUCUAAGCAAAAUUAGUGAAGGAUCUGGAGCUUACAUAGCCGUCAAGCAAGAGAUGAUGCAGCCUACUGCUAGUGUUAAAGAUAGACCUGCAUUGGCUAUGAUUGAAGAUGCAGAGAAAAAGGGAUUAAUUUCUCCAGGAAAGACGGUGUUGAUCGAGCCAACAUCAGGAAACAUGGGAAUAAGCAUGGCGUUCAUGGCGGCUAUGAAGGGAUACAAAAUGGUAUUGACAAUGCCAUCAUACACAAGCAUGGAAAGAAGGGUAGUAAUGAGGGCUUUUGGUGCUGAUCUUAUUCUCACUGACCCUGACAAAGGAAUGGGGGGAACUGUCAAAAAGGCUAACCAGCUUUUAGACUCCACCCCUGAUGGUUUCAUGCUUCAACAAUUUAAUAAUCCUGCUAAUACUCAGGUUCAUUUUGAGACGACAGGUCCUGAAAUAUGGGAGGAUACUCAAGGGAAAGUGGACAUCUUUGUCAUGGGAAUCGGAAGUGGAGGCACUGUUUCUGGUGUUGGACGCUAUCUCAAAUCUCAAAAUCCUAAUGUGAAGAUCUAUGGAGUUGAACCAGCUGAAAGCAACAUACUCAAUGGAGGCAAACCAGGUCCUCACCUUAUAACUGGAAACGGGGUUGGGUUUAAACCAGAGAUUUUAGACAUGGAUGUAAUGGAUGCAGUUCUCGAGGUUAAAAGUGACGAUGCUGUUAAGAUGGCCAGGCAGUUGGCAUUACAGGAAGGACUUUUGGUUGGGAUAUCAUCAGGGGCUAAUACAAUUGCUGCCCUUGAUCUUGCUAAGAGGCCAGAAAACAAGGGCAAACUAAUUGUGACGAUUCACCCGAGUUUUGGAGAGCGAUAUCUGUCGUCUGCCUUGUUCAAGGAGCUGAGGGAAGAGGCUGAAAACAUGCAACCAGUCCCUGUUGAAUGAUUCCAGCAUCUUAUAGCUCCAGAUAUGCUAAAUAAAGGAUCUGUUACUGUUUUGUCACUACUACUAGUAUAUGACAGUAACUACAUGAUAUCUCUUUGAGAAAAAUUGUAAAAUUGCAAGUCAAUUGUGUAUUAAUUUUCAAUGAAAUUGUUAGGGAUGAAAAUUAUUUAUCAAUGAAGUAAUUGUAAUUCUUUUAUGAUGCA